AGGGCCAGCGCAUGUUUUUUCUAAUUCCGAAUGGCGUAUUGCCAGCUCUCCCGCGAAGAGACCGAUGAGGACUUGGAGUCUGGCCAGUUGUCAGAGGGCAGCGACCCGAGCGAGGAAGAAAGGACAGGCGACCGGGACAGCGAGGAUGAUCUCGCUCGUGACCUGAGCAAGAUGGUCAAGUGGAUGAAGUCACUGGAAGAGCUCAGCAAAGAACAGCACUUCUGGGGUGACGAGGAGUCGGAGGAGAGGAAUAUUGAUUUCAACCUGAGACUGGUUUCUCUGAAUGAGAUGAAGAAGAAGGAGGAGGAGGAAUCAAGACUGCAGAAGAUUUUGGACGAGUUUGCGGCCAACUUUCCCACACAGGAUUGGCUCAAACCUCGCCAGCGAGACUUCCCGCCGGAGAUCUAUUCAAUGCUGGAGAGAUUGAAGAAAGGGGGGAAGCCUGUGUACAAGUUGGCCGAUGAGGCCUGGAAGACGACGCUCAAUGAAAUCAAGGUGAGCACCUUUGUGAAAUAUGUGAAUCAACUGCAGGUGCAACGCAAUGGGGAAGGCCUUCUGUCCUUCUUGAAGAGCCUCACGAUCGAAGUUGACGAUAAGGAACUACUCACCUUUCUAAGAAAGGCCCUUAAGAAAGGAGAUUUCGGCGAGCACAACGAGGUCAUCCGCAAAGUGCAGGACAGUGACUGGGACUUGCACUUGGUGGAAAGCCACACCACAAACCUCUACGACAUGGCCAUGAAACUGCCGAAAGAGGAUUUUAAAGAAGCGAGAGACGAGCUGAUGAGAUUCACUAUUACUCACGACCAGUACUUGGGCCAAUGGUGGUGUGAAGGCUUCUGCAAAUGGCUCGCAAAUGUGAAGCAAAAGAUCUGGAGGAAGAAUCGGGAUAUGCAGAAGCGACUUGGUUUUCAUCGCAUUGCCUUGCGUGUGGACUUCUCCAUCAGCCCUGCCAAGAGGCUCCUCAUGUGCAACGACUACCAAUUGGCGGUGAUGUUGCGGGAAUUGACGAAUACGGGCUCAGAUUCUGAGGUCUUCAGCACGACUUUCGCUUGUGCCUUAGUCUUGGCGGCCAAGGCUCGUGUGCGGCACCACUUCAAAUAUGUGAUUCUAAAUGAUUUGAUGUUCAUCAUCCUCCUAGGCUUUGUUGGCUAUGCUGUUCGCUCUGAAACUAUGCCUGGAACCUUGACGGUUCUCUUCAUGGGUAUCUCUACGGCGUUCCUGUUGCGGAAAGCCUUUGAUCGGCUCAUGUUCUAUGCUACCACUUGGAAGAAAAUCACGACGCCUGCCGUGAAGACAUCGCUCUACACAGUGGCACUUAUCUCCGUUGAGGUGGGGUCCACCAUUCUGGUGAUCUUGUACAUCCUUGGCAUUGUGAGCAAUGAGGUCAACAAUCAUGGACAACAGUUUGAGAGUUGGGAGGAGUUUUGGAAGCGCCGAAAAGAAUGUAUGUGGCCGUGGACGAACAAGGCUCAUAAAGAGGAUGGAUACUUCCAGCAUCAUCCCAACCUCUUGGCCUUGCUCAUCCUUUGUCGCUGGGCGAUGUUCAUCAACAGCCUGCAGUUGAUUGAAUCCGUGGGACGCAACGUGGUUCCCCUGGCCCAUGCGGUCACGCGUGCGGCCUCCCUCAUUUUCUUGCUCUUCCUGACUUGCUCGCUGCUGGCCACCUUCCAUGCCUAUUUUGUCUUUCCUUUGCAUCAGGAGGCUUCCUUUGAUACAGCCUUGGAUCGCCUCAUCGAUAUGUUCCGCUUGGAGAUGUUAAGCGACUUCGAUCUGGAUGAGCUGCAAAAUCGGCGUCAGAAUGUGAGUGGCGAUAUUUCUGCGGCCCAUCUCGAGUUCACAGGCAGCAUGUGGCAUGCAGGGCAAAGGCAAUAUCAAGGAAUCCGUGUGGGUUUCGUCCUGAUUAGCCUCUUCCUUUCGGAGCCCUGGCGGGUACGGGGGGAGGGUUGGAGCAGCCGGUCCUAGUCAACAGCUGUGGGUCAUGGCAUCAGGAGACCGAACUGACCUACCUGGGAGGUCAAACUCCCUGCAUGGUGAGACUGGUCGGGCUCCAGGUUUUCUUCCAUCCGCAUGCACUGGAACUUCUACAGUUUGGGCUGCUGUUCGUUGGGACUUGGUUCGGCCAAGAACCCAACUGCGGUGGCUGGCGGACGUCGUACGUCCGUUUCGGUGGGAAGGGUUUUCACCUGCUAUGGCCGGCGAAUUGGAGACAGGCAGUUGUUCCACGUGUUUUUUAUUGCAAGAAAAGCACUGUUUAAACGGUGUUUGUUUCAAACUGUGUUC